GCAAAACUACCUGCCUACUUCGGAAGCCCUAUUUUACGGUCACUCGGGCACUUCGUAGCUGUAAAGACCACAAAAUUGUGAAUCAGUCUCGCGAAUCAGUUGACACGCCUCGGUUCUAGCCGCAAGUUGCGGCACUCGCAACGUCACUUAAAUAAAAAUGAAUUUGGGAACUUUCGUCAAGCUUGGCUACGUCAUGUUGAUUAUUACCUUGAUACUGAUGUUUUGGGCGUCUAUGGUCAGGAUGCAUGAGAUCCCGGUUCAGUAUCCACCCUGCUUCUUCAAUCCUCUUUGUACCUGCUCCAAAGCCAUACCUGACCUUGGUAUUGUCACCUGCAAUAAUGUUCCAAUGACGAGGAUACCGCAACCCAUCAAUUCUUCUAAGAUCUUUAUGUUGCAACUGGAGAACAAUGGAUUGCGUUCAUUGCAGCCACAGUUUCUUCUAAAUACAGGUCUUUACAAGUUACAAAUUAAGCACAAUCCGCUGUCUGACAUACCGGAUGAAGCUUUUCUAGGGCUUGAGCGAUCUCUCUGGGAACUUGAAUUACCGUAUAAUGAACUCGUGCGGAUACCUAGCAAGUCAUUCCGUCAUAUGCAAAAGAUACGACUUCUUGACCUGACAGGAAAUAAAAUAACCAGCAUCGCCCCGGACAAUUGGCGGGGAUUGGAAAGAUCGUUAUUGACUUUACUUCUUGCUGAGAAUGCUAUUGACAAACUUCCUGCGGAUGCAUUUGCCGGAUUGACUUAUUUGGAGACACUUGAUCUGCGUGAAAAUCAUCUUAAGGAGAUCGAUCCUACUGUAUUUCGAGAUGGCAUGGGACAGCUUAGUCAUUUAUAUUUGAGUGACAAUCAGCUUACGAAUAUUCCUUACACUCAGAUUUCAUCUCUGAAACGUAUGAAGGUUCUUGAUCUUAGUUAUAAUAGAAUUUCGAAAAUGAUUCAGCCCCAGGUCGAAGCUGAGAUACGUGGACUUCAAAUAUCUUUGGAUGUUCUGAGACUGGAUUAUAAUCAACUUGAAACUCUGCCGAUGGGAUCGUUUCAGCAUUUUUUUAAAGUCAACAAAACAUAUUUUAAUGGCAAUCCAUUGUCGGUUAUUGAGGAAGGUGCCUUCAGGGACUCGAGGAUUCGCGAACUCUACUUUACCGACUGCGAUCUCCUCGAAGUGAGCUCACCGGAUUUUUCUGGAUUGGAAUCGUCGCUGGAGUCUCUUGAUGUGUCUGGGAAUAAUAUAACCGAUCUCCCUACUAGAUUGUUCCAUGAAUUUGAUUUUCUGAGGACCCUGAUCUUUCGGGAGAAUCAGAUUAAUUCAUUUGCACCAACUGAAGUAUUCAACGGAUUUCAGUAUUCGUUAUAUAAUUUGGAUUUGAGUGGAAAGAAGAACAAUCCUAUGUCUCUUCAGGAUUUAAGGCAAAUGCGUAACUUACGAUUUCUCGCAAUCUCCCGUAUGCCACAGUCAACGUUGUCGCCGGAUGAUUUUUUGGAAUUCGGAAUGGACAUUAAGGAGUUGAAGAUCACUCAAAGUAAUUUGGACACCAUAAAGGCACAUGCGUUCAUGCAUGUUCGUGGAAUAAAGUAUUUAGAUUUUUCUGAAAAUGCUAUAUCCUCCAUCGAAAAUGACGCGUUUUCUGAGGUGGGACAUUCCCUUCUUACAUUAAAAAUAUCUUAUGGUCUUGCAAGGUCCAUUUCUGAAUUGCCAAGUGGACCGCUCAAAUCUCUUACGAAUUUGCAACAUUUGGAUUUUAGUAAUAAUAAAAUCCAAGCAAUGCCUGACACGUGUUUCCAUUUCUUAAAAAGAAUAAGGCGCAUCGAGUUGCAGGACAAUGAAAUAGAAAGCAUACGUAAGGGUACGUUCCAGGGUGAUAUACAUUCCUCCCUCGAGGAAAUAGAUCUCUCAUUCAAUCAAGUAAAGAAUUUACAAGCACAUACUUUUGUGGAUCUGUCAUUAUUAACAAUUAUAAAUUUGGGUGACAAUGCUAUAGCUAGAAUCGAAAGGCGGGCUUUCAUGAACAUGAAUCGCUUGAAGUACAUUAAUUUGCGUGGAAAUAACAUCAAAGAUAUCACCGACGAAGCUUUUCAGAAUUUGCCAUACCUUGAAUUUUUGGAUCUGGCCUAUAACGAUCUCAAUGAAUUUGAUUUCAUGUCAUUCGAUCAAGUCGGUACUUUAUCCUCUUUCAAAGUGAACGCUAGUUACAAUAAAAUUCCAAAAUUAUGGAUUAACGUCACAACCUUUCCACCACCGACAAACGUUGGCGGCAACUUACAAUCCAACAUAAAAGUAUUGGAUUUGAGUCACAACAAUAUAUCCGACAUAAUGAAGUAUUACUUCAAACCUGUAGAAUUUUCACUGACCCAUCUUUAUCUGUCGCAUAACGAAAUUGGCAACGUGACCCAAGGAGUUUUUGGAAAUCUACAUCACUUACAAUGGCUUGAUCUCAGUUACAAUGAUCUGGUGGAAGUGGAGUUUGAUUGCUUUAGGAACACAAAGGACUUACAGGUUCUCUUGUUAUCAUGGAACGAAUUGUUAGAUAUACCGGCAGAGGCUCUGAGGCCUUUGAAAAAAUUACGUAUACUUGAUCUAUCUCAUAAUAAGUUACGUACAUUGUCCGACAACAUGUUCACUGAUUCUGGAAUCGAAAGCCUUGAUCUCUCGCAUAAUCAAUUUAUGCGACUUCCUAUAAAAAUGAUGUCGCUCUCAGCAGCCUCGACAUUGUCGAUCCUGGACAUGUCGUGGAACGCACUUUCAGGUGUGCACAAUACAGAUGCUCUAUUCAGAUUAAGAGGCCUCACGUGGCUGGAUCUCUCAUACAACAGAUUGGUUAGACUCGACGAUGGAGUCUUUUCUGAUUUGCCUGAAUUGACGUACUUGGAUCUAAGUCACAACAAACAAUUGGUCCUUGAACCACAUGGGAGAACGUUCAACGGACUUGAAGAUUCUCUUCUAACACUUGGACUUAGUAACAUUUCUCUCUUGAGUCGUCGAUGUCGAUGUCGAUGCCGCGACGUACCGGAACUGCCACUUCGUAGACUGAGGACACUCUAUCUGGCAGACAAUGAGCUUGCUUCAAUACCGCCGGAAAUGGCUUCGAAUCUCACAUCCUUGCACCAUCUCGAUCUCAGUCACAAUGACUUGACCCUUGUGCCAUUAAUAACUCAUACGCUACCAGAAUUAAGGAUUUUUGAUAUUAGCUACAACCCUAUCACGGUCAUCAGUAACACCAGCUUUUUGGGCCUUGCCGAUAGCCUUAUCGAAUUGGACAUAAGGGAACUUUCAUUGUCUAUUUUUGAAGCUGGCGCCUUGUGCAAAGCUUCAAAACUUCGUACGCUACUUAUAUCAGCGUAUACGGCAAUAAAGAAUUUUAAUCUACCUAAUAUGCUCGAGUACAAUUACGGACUACGUGACCUGCUAAUUCAUGUUAAAAAUUCGACCAAUUUGGAAAAGGAGACGAAGGGACGUUUCCCAUACAAGCUGUUCAAUAUUACUUUAACUGGCAAAGGCCUAGUUACUAUACAUAGCGAUAUACUAAGGGGAAUUCGAAAUCCGCAUCUUCACUUUGCUCUGUACAACACUAGCGUGAUUACAAUUCCGCGGGACAUAUUUGAACAUGCAAGUUAUGCACGUAACGUCACAGUACAUCUCCAAGGCGGUAAUGUAAGAACUAUUGAGAAUCCGUCAUCCGGGCACAAACCAGGCGUACCAGGAAAGCGAUUCCUGAUGAGACUCCGUACCGCUGGAAGCUAUCUGACCUGUGACUGUGACAUUGGCUGGAUCGAAAUGUGGCAACGUAAACACAGACAGUACUUGGAAGACAGAUGCAUCGGUUCUUAUGGGUUAUAUGGCUCUUAUAAUUUUUAUGGUGACUACGAACGCGAAGAAGUAAGCGAUUUUAGUUGCUGGGACAACGGUUGGGAUGAUAAUCUGCGCGAGACAUUUUGUCUCAACAAAAACAACAUGUCCGUCUCGCAAGCUCUGAAAGCAGACAUCGAGUGUGGAUGGGGUGGAGCCAGUUGUUUUAGUUUACCAAGUUUUCUCGGACUUCUUAUUCUAACAGUGAUUAUGGUGAUUUGAAAACAUAUCUAAGAAAAAAUUGCCACGGCAUAAUUGGUUAGAGUGCAGACACUCAUGCAGAGAACAAUGUAAAUUACGAUCGAUUCUUCAUUAAUUGCGGAGUCUGUUAUCGUUUGAUAAUUAAUGAUAAUAAGGAUAUUGUGAUCACUCGUUUGUUCACUCUUGUUAGCAUUUUCAUGAUUUCAUACGAUUUUAAUGAAGGUGCGCGCAAUACCGACAGAAUUAUAUUUCGUUUUGUUCGAUUACGUAAUUCAAAACAAAGGAAACAAUAUGACAGGCA